CGGGAGGGGGGGGGAGCUCACCACGUUUGUCGCGAGGAUUAGGGAUCGUUUGCAGGAAAUUCUGGACGCGUAGAGGCCCCCCUUCCGUUGGCGCAAAAGAGCUCACCUCUGGGCAUACACCGAGAGAGGCACUACAGAAGCACUCUUGGAGCCCCCCCCCAACUUGCAUGCGCCGCGCCAGGAUGAGGGAAAAGGCGGAGGCGCACAAGCGGCCCAUCGAAUUCGAAGAUGACGAAACGAAAAAGAAAAUCCGGACAGAAGAUGAAGAGUCGGUUAAGGACGCAAGAGGAGGCGAAAACGUAUCACCACUACUCCCGGAACAGCAAAAGGGAAGAAAUAAAAACCUAAAAAAUGACGCAGAGUAUAUUGAGUUUCUGAAGAAGGAAGCCCGAAGGAAGUACCUCAAAGAAAGGGAGAGGGAAAAGCUAGACGUCACGAAGAAGCUACUGGAUGAUGAACUCCUUUACAGCACAAUUAAAUUGGAGGGGAAGGAACUUAAAGAAUUGGAGCUGUCCAAAAGGAUCUACGAUAUAGCUAAAGAAAACAUAAAGUUAAGGGAAAAGCUAAAGGAAAAUUAUUACCUCUUCCAGGAAGAUUUCGACAAGGUAGAUGCAUCGAACAAAGGAGCCGAUGCUGAUGCGGCGCAAGUGAGAGAGGGGAAGGGAGACCCUUCCGCGUAUAACUAUGAUGAGCAGAUAAUCAGCAAGGGGAUUUUAAAAUUCGGUUCGGGGGUGCCGAUAAGUGAAGGCAUUAAAAAUGACUUCGUGUUUGAGGACGACUUGGCAAAUCGGAAGAGCGCAAAAAGGGAGGAAUGUGAGAAGCACAAAUACGAAAGGGAGAAGGAAAGAAAAAAGAAGAAGAAAAGGAGAAGCGACAGUGGUAGUGCUGUCGGUAGCAAGCGGAACGGAAAGGGGCUGACGGACGUGGUCGAGUUCGUGCACCUGGAGAGCCUCUACGGAAUGGACGAGAAGGAAAAGGAGCUGCAGAGGCUGUUCGAAGACAUAAAAAGGAAGAAAGAAAAAAAAAUGAAGAAAAUAAUCGACGACAGGAAGAGGCUGCCCAUAUAUAGCUACCGAUACGACAUUUUAAAGGCCAUCAAAAAUAAUAAAAUUUUAAUUCUGGUUGGAGAAACGGGGAGCGGAAAAAGCACGCAGUUAACGCAGUACUUGCACGAGUGUAAGUACCAUCUGUAUGGAAAUAUAGUCUGUACGCAGCCCAGGAGAAUCGCCUGUAUAGCCAUAGCAAAUAGGGUGGCCGAUGAAAUGAAUGUAAGAGUGGGAAAGGAAGUUGGCUACGUUAUUCGAUUUCAAAAUAAAACGAGUGAUUCCACGAAGAUCGUUUACAUGACGGAUGGGAUGUUCCUGCGUCUCCUGUUAUAUAACCCUACGUUGGAUGACAUUUCGGUGUUAAUAAUUGAUGAAGCUCACGAACGGGCAUUACAUACAGAUGUGAUCCUUCCUAUAAUAAAGGACAUUUGCAAUUUUAGGGAAGACAUACGGGUUAUCAUAUCGUCUGCCACUCUAGACGCCGAGAAAAUUUCCACCUACUUUAACUGCGCCCCUAUAUUUUAUGUGCCUGGUAGGAAGUAUAACGUUGAUAUUUACUACACUAUAAAUAAUGAGAGCAAUUAUUUGUCCGCCAUUGUGAUCACCAUUUUGCAGAUUCAUGUGACGCAGGAGAAGGGGGACAUUUUGGUUUUCCUUCCCGGUCAGUUUGAAAUCGAGCUGGUGCAACAGGAGCUGGAGAAUAAGCUGGGCGAGCUGGCCCCCAGGUUUCGCAACAUGAUGGUUUUGCCCAUUUAUUCUUCCCUGCCUGUGGAGCAGCAGGCGCGGAUAUUCGAGGACGUGGCGGAUGAGGACAACGCGAAGGGGGACGCCCCGGAGGGCGGCGACGGGGGGGCGCCCGGUGAAGCGGAAAAAAUUGAGGCGGCCCAGUGUGAAGCGGCAAAUCUCGAGGCGGCCCAACCGGGUGAGCUCGCGCCGGCCAGCCAGCCCAAGCGAACCAUGCGGAGGGGCACCCGAAAAAUUAUCCUGUCAACGAACAUUUGCGAAACGAGUAUCACCAUAGAUAACAUCGUGUACGUGAUUGAUUCGGGUCUGUGCAAGCAGAAGGUGUAUAAUCCCAACUCGGGGGUCGAAUCCCUGGUAACCUUGCCAUGCUCCAAAGCGUCUGUAAAUCAAAGGACCGGUAGAGCAGGUAGAAAACAAGACGGGAAGUGCUUUCGGCUGUUUACGAAAAAGUCCUUCAUCGAUUUGAAUGAUAACUCAGUACCAGAAAUUCAACGGUGUGAAGUGAGCAGUAUGAUUUUGUUACUAAAAAGUCUAGGCAUGGAUGAUAUAAUAAAUUUCGAUUUUUUAGAUCCUCCUUCCCCGGUGGUGAUAAUAAAGGGUUUAGAACUUCUCUACUCCUUGGGUGCACUAAAUGAUGAGGGGAAUUUAACCAAAACGGGGAGGAAGAUGGCUGAAUUUCCUACAGAUGUGAAGUCAAGCAAAAUGAUUCUGUCCGCAUCUGACAAGUACAAUUGUGUGGAGGAGGUUCUAUGCAUCACGGCUAUGCUGACUCAUGCGAAUAGCAUUUUCUACGUUCAAAAGGGGAAGGAAAAAGAGGCAGAAAAUGUGAAGAAGAUGUUUACCAUAGAAGGUGGUGGAGAUUUCCUCCUCCUCCUAAACAUAUAUAAGCAGUGCGAGGAGAACAACUUCUCCACCUCCUUCUGCUACGAUCACUUUUUGCAAUACCAUACGAUGAUAAAGAUUAAGGAUAUUAAAACCCAGCUGGUGAGUAUUUGCGAAAAAAUCGAUUUGCCUAGUAGCUCUUGUGGCAUUCAGAAUCAUGAAGCCAUAUGUAGCCUUAAGAAGUGCAUUGUCAGUGCCUUCUUCACCAAUGCUGCUCUACCCGUUAGUAAAAAUGAACUUAAAAUUAUAAAGCUCAAUCAUGUCGUUAGCAUAUACCCCAACUCGGUGCUUGCCAAGAAGAACAUCAUGGAGGAAUAUAAAAACGCCUGCAUUAUUUUUUACGAAGUUAUUAAGAUUAAUAAGUCCUACGUACGCCACAACAUCCCUGUUAGUAAGGACAUGCUCUACGAGAUCGCGUCGUUCUACUUCCUCGGCAAGAUUGCCUGA